CCAACCAACACCUCGAGCUCUGAGCACUACCGUCGCAAUGCCGUCCACACACGACAAAGAGAAGCCAUGGGAUACCGAUGACAUCGACAAAUGGAAGAUUGAAGAAUUCAAACCCGAAGACAAUAAAGCCGGAGCCUUUAUCGAAGAGUCCUCCUUCGCUACGCUCUUCCCCAAAUACCGCGAAACCUACUUGCGUGAAGCCUGGCCGCUAAUUACCCGCACACUCGAAAAGCACCACAUAGCCUGCACGUUGGAUCUAGUAGAAGGUAGUAUGACCGUGAAAACCACCCGAAAGACUUACGACCCCGCCGCGAUCUUGAAUGCCCGCGAUCUGAUCAAGUUGCUGGCUCGCUCGGUUCCCGUCCCGCAGGCGAUCAAGAUUCUCGAGGAUGGGGUUGCGUGCGAUAUCAUCAAGAUUGGGAACUUAGUCAGGAAUAAGGAGAGGUUCGUCAAGCGGCGGCAGAGGAUUUUGGGACCGGGUGGGAGUACGCUUAAGGCUUUGGAGCUGUUGACUGGGUGUUAUAUACUUGUUCAGGGGAGUACUGUUUCUGCGAUGGGAGGGUAUAAAGGGUUGAAGGAGGUUAGGAGGGUGGUGGAGGGUUGUAUGGAUAAUAUACAUCCAAUUUAUCAUAUCAAGGAACUCAUGAUCAAACGAGAACUCCAAAAAGACCCCGAACUAGUCAAUGAGAAUUGGGAUCGCUUUCUCCCACAGUUCAAGAAGAGAACCCUAAGCAAGCGCAAGAAGCCACGGAAAAUCACAGACAAGUCGAAGAAGACAUACACUCCGUUCCCUCCUGCUCCUGAGAAAUCAAAGAUUGACCUCCAGAUUGAGUCCGGAGAGUACUUCCUUUCCAAACAGAGCAAAGAGCGCGCCGCGCGCGACGAGCGAGAAGAAAAACGCAAGGAAAAGAAGGAGGAAAAGAAGAAGGAGCGAGAAAAGGAUUUUGUCCCACCGCUUGAGGCAGGCGAUCGCAAGAAUGAUAAGAAGAAGCGAAAGCACGAGGGCGAGACAAAGGAGGAGAGGAAAGCUAGGAAGGAGGAGAGGAGACGAAGAAAGGCUGCCGAGGCAUAA